AUGCAGGACAGUAACUUCCUGCUGUCCGCCCUUCAGCCCGAGGCUGGAGUGUGCUCCCUGGCACUGCACUCGGACCUGCAGCUGGACCGACGGGGCACUGAGGGUCCAGAGGCUGAGCGACUGCGGGCAGCUCGCGUCCAGGAACAGGUCCGAGCUCGCCUCCUUCAGCUAGGCCAGCAGCCUCGGCCCAAUGGGACAGCUGAGCCCGAGGGGACCACCGAGGCCAUGAGAGGCACGUCCAGAGGCCAGUAUCACACCCUGCAGACAGGCUUCAGUUCACGCUCCCAGGGCCUGAGUGCUGACAAGAGCUCGACCUUCAGGCCCAUCGCCAAGCCUGCCUUCAACACCACCUCCUGGUCCUCACGCUCCGCUGUGGACUUGAGUUCUGGCCGCCGGCUGAGCUCUGCCCACAAUGGGGGCAACCCCUUCGCAGCUUCAGGGUAUGGGGCUGUGCCUGCUGCUGGGCCCGCACGGCCCUUGUCCUUCCAUGACCGGGGGGCCACUGGCGGGCGGGACUACGACACGCUCUCUCUGCGCUCCCUGCGGCUGGGGCCAGGCCUGGAUGACCGCUACAGCGUCGUGUCCGAGCAGCUGGAGCCCCUGGCCUACCGAUCAUUUGCCUAUGAGCGCCAAGCCAGCUCCAGCUCCAGCCGGGCCGGGGCACUGGACUGGCCGGAGGCCACUGAGGGUCCCCCUAGCCGGACCAUCCGCGCGCCUGCCAUGAGAACCCUGCAGCGUUUCCAGGGCAGCCAUCGUAGCCGCAGCAUUGCCGGGGCCGCCCCCGGGCCACUGAUGGAGCCUGUGGCCAGGGUCCCCUCUGUGCGUAGCCUGAGCCUGGCUGAUUCUGGGCAACUGCCGGACAUGGCAGGGCUGGACAGCUAUGGGGGCCACCGAACCCUGCAAAGGCUCAGUAGCGGCUUCGACGACAUCGACUUGCCAUCAGCAGUCAAGUACCUCAUGGCCUCAGACCCCAACCUGCAGGUGCUGGGAGCGGCCUACAUCCAGCACAGGUGCUACAGCGAUGCAGCUGCCAAGAAACAGGCCCGUAGCCUUCAGGCUGUGCCCAGGCUGGUGAAGCUCUUCAACCACGCCAACCAGGAAGUGCAGCGCCACGCCACGGGCGCCAUGCGCAACCUCAUCUACGACAAUGCUGACAACAAGCUGGCCCUGGUGGAGGAGAAUGGCAUCUUCGAACUGCUGCGGACGCUGCGCGAGCAGGACGAUGAACUUCGGAAGAACGUCACAGGGAUCCUGUGGAACCUGUCAUCGAGUGACCACCUGAAGGACCGUCUGGCCCGAGACACGCUGGAGCAGCUCACUGACCUGGUGCUAAGCCCCCUGUCGGGUGCCGGGGGCCCACCCCUCAUCCAGCAGAAUGCUUCUGAGGCUGAGAUCUUCUACAAUGCUACCGGCUUCCUCAGAAACCUCAGUUCUGCCUCCCAAGCUACCCGCCAGAAAAUGAGGGAGUGCCAUGGGCUGGUGGAUGCCCUGGUCACCUACAUCAACCAUGCCCUGGACGUGGGCAAAUGCGAGGACAAGAGUGUGGAAAAUGCAGUGUGUGUGCUGAGGAACCUGUCUUACCGUCUCUAUGACGAGAUGCCCCCAUCCGCACUGCAGCGGCUUGAGGGCCGGGGCCGCAGGGACACCACAGGGAUGCCACCGGGAGAGAUGGUGGGCUGCUUCUCACCUCACAGCCGGCGACUCCGAGAGCUGCCCCUCACUGCAGAUGCGCUCACCUUCGCGGAGGUGUCCAAAGACCCCAAGGGUCUCGAGUGGCUAUGGAGCCCCCAAAUUGUGGGUCUGUACAACCGGCUGCUGCAGCGCUGUGAGCUGAACCGACACACAACCGAGGCCGCAGCAGGGGCGCUGCAGAACAUCACCGCUGGGGACCGCAGGUGGGCUGGUGUCCUGAGCCGCCUGGCCCUGGAGCAGGAGCGCAUCCUGAACCCCCUGCUGGACCGAGUCCGGACUGCUGACCACCACCAGCUGCGCUCACUCACAGGCCUCAUCCGAAACCUGUCCCGCAAUGCCCGGAACAAGGAUGAGAUGUCCACCAAGGUGGUGAGUCACCUGAUCGAGAAGCUUCCGGGAAGCGUGGGUGAGAAGUGUCCCCCCGCCGACGUGCUGGUCAACAUCAUCGCGGUGCUCAACAACCUGGUCGUGGCCAGUCCCAUUGCUGCGCGAGACCUGCUGUACUUUGAUGGGCUGCGCAAGCUUGUCUUCAUCAAGAAGAAGCGGGACAGCCCCGACAGUGAGAAGUCCUCACGGGCAGCCUCCAGCCUCCUGGCCAACCUGUGGCAGUACAGCAAGCUCCACCGAGACUUCCGGGCGAAGGGCUAUCGGAAGGAGGACUUCCUGGGCCCAUAG